AUGACCAACCGAGGAGCCUCUUCUUCUUCUGCUCCUUUCACCAAGUCAUGGAAAUACCAUGUCUUUCUGAGCUUCAGAGGUUUAGACACUCGCUCAAAUUUCACAAGCCAUUUGUAUAGCAAUUUGCGUCUACAAGGAAUUAACACCUUCAUGGAUGAUGAUGAGCUCAGAAGAGGAGAAGAAAUAUCAAACGCGUUUCUCACAGCAAUUGAAGACUCAAAGAUUUCUGUGGUUGUGUUCUCCGAAAACUAUGCCUCCUCAAAGUGGUGCUUGGAUGAGCUUGUUAAGAUUCUUGAUUGCAAACAGUUGGUCAUCCCAGUUUUUUACAAGGUGACUCCAUCAGAUGUACGGAAUCAUAGAGGAAGCUUCGGGGAUGCACUGGCUAAAAUGGACUGCAAUAAUGUAGAGAAGGUCAACAGAUGGAAGGAAGCACUUUCACAAGCAGGAAAAUUAGCGGGGUUCUUUCUGUCCUCCGAACAUAGAUCUGAAGCUGAACUGAUUCAUAAAAUCGUUCAACACAUUUCACGGGAAGUAAUAGACCGUACACAUUUAUAUGUGACAGAGUAUCCAGUUAGAAUGCACCGUCCUGUAGAAGAUAUAACUAAGCUUUUAGAUUUGGGGGAAAAAGAUGUUCGUAUGGUGGGGGUAUGGGGAACUGGUGGAAUUGGUAAGACCACAAUUGCUAAAGCUGUUUAUAAUUCAAUUGUCCAUGAAUUUGAAGGUAGUUGUUUUCUGGCAAACGUUAGAGAAUGUUCAAUUUGGCAGAGAGGAGGUUUAGCCGAACUGCAGAGGAAUCUUCUUUCUGACAUUUUAAGGGGAAAAUUUGUUGAGGUGCCCAACGUUCAUAUAGGAGCCACUAUGAUACAGGAAAGGUUGAGUGGUAGAAAGAUUCUCUUGGUUCUUGAUGACGUGGAUGACAUGGAACAGUUACACAAGUUAGUUGGGGCAUGUGAUUGGUUUGGUGUAGGCAGUAGAAUUAUCAUAACAACAAGGGAUAAGCAACUGUUAACUGCUCAUCAUGUUAAUUUAAUACAUGAGGUCGAGAUUUUAGAUGAUCCUGAAGCUCUUGAGCUCUUCUGUUGGCAUGCCUUCAAAAGAAGUGGGCCUCCUUUGGGUGAUUAUGUGAAACUUGCAGAACGUGCAAUACGCUACGCUCAGGGCCUUCCUUUGGCCUUGCAAGUUCUCGGUUCUUGUCUAUGUGGUGGAAGUAUAGAUAAAUGGCAAGCUGCAUUGGAUGGUUUCCAAGGCACAAAAAUUCAAGAAGUUCUCAAAAUAAGUUACAAUGCCUUGGAUGAUAGAGUAAAGAAGGUUUUCCUUGACAUUGCAUGUUUCUUUAAGGGUAAAAAUAGAAAGUAUGUGAAAGACGCUUGUGAGCUAAAUGCUAGAUAUGGCAUUGAUGUACUCAUAGAAAAGGCCCUCAUAAGUGUUGAAGGAAGUCAUAUUCAGAUGCAUGACUUACUAGAAAAGAUGGGUAAGGACAUAAUUGAGCAGGAGUCGCCCAAUGAAAUCGGAGGACGUAGCAGAUUGUGGUUUCAUGAAGAUGUCAAGUCUGUUCUGAUGAAUAAUACAGGAACAAAUAAAAUCACAGGCAUCAUGUUAAAUUUCCCCAAACAAGAUGAUGAGAUAUUCUUGGAUGUUGGCAGAAGCUUCUCGAAGAUGAAAAAUCUUAAAAUUCUCAUAAACCACAAUGUAUGCCUUUUUGGAGAUGCUAGUUCUAUCCCAAAUAAUUUGAGAGUUCUUGAUUGGCAUGGAUGUCCGUUCCAAUUUUUUCCACCCAAUUUUCGUCCAAAUGGACUAGUUGUGCUCAGUCUGCCUUACAGCCGCAUCAAACAACUAGGGGAGGGAUUGAAGCAUAUGGAAAAGUUGACAUCUCUGAAUUUCACCGGAUCUCAAUUCCUAACUGAAAUCCCCGACCUAUCCAACAGCCCAAACUUAAGGUACUUGAAUGCGAGUGGUUGUAGAAGUUUAGUCGAGGUUCAUCCAUCUGUUGGAUAUCUUGAUAAACUUGAAGAAUUGGAAUUUUGUCACUGCUAUAAACUCACGAAGUUUCCAAAUAAAGUUGGGUUGAAAUCUCUGAAAUUAUUUCUUCUUUGCGGUUGCAUAAAGUUGGAGAGUUUCCCAGAAAUUGUGGACAAAAUGGAAUCCUUAAUUAAAUUGGACCUUGGGAGAACUGCUAUAAAAGAGUUGCCUGCAUCAAUUGGACAUCUCAUUGGGUUGCAAACAUUGUGGUUGUAUGGAACUGCUAUAAAAGAAUUGCCUUCAUUCGUUGGAAAUCUCACUGCCUUGGAAUUUUUACGGUUAGAUGGAGCUGCUAUAGAAGAGUUGCCUUUAUCAAUUGGAAAUCUCACUGUGCUUAAACAAUUAUAUUUACAAAGAUGUGAAAACCUUGCAAAUCUGCCACAAAGUAUUUAUGGGUUGCAAAAUCUGGAUUUUAUUAAUCUCAGUCAAUGCCCAAAACUUGUCACACUUCCAAAUAACUUGCUCUCUGAAGGUUUAUCGAGUGCAGAAUCACUUCCUUUGGAGGUUCGAACCAACGCAAAUAGUCCACGCAAUGGCAACUUCAAGAGGCAUUGGGAGAUGUAUUUUGCAGAGUGCAAUUUAUCAAAUAUGGAUUCCUUGGAGAAUUUCUGUUACUGGUCCAAAUUAGUGAAAAUUAAUCUAUCCAAAAGCAAUUUUGUCAGUCUUCCUAUGUGCAUUAGCAAAUGUGUCAACUUGCAGGAGCUUGAUUUGAGUGUUUGCAAGAGGCUUGUAGAAAUUCUAAUACAACUUCCAGCGUCUGUAACAAGGAUCUAUAUGAAUGAUUGCAUAUCACUGGAAAGAUUUUCAACAUUGUCAAAGAUAUUGGAAGAUGAAGACAUGCAAGGCAUUAGUAGCAUGGACUUGUCUAAUUGUCAUAGGCUAUGCGAUAACCUAGGGUUGGAUCUUUCAAAGAUGGCAAAAAUUUUCCUGAAUCAGAUGAAGAGGAGGAGGAUUAUCGUUACACUACCUGACAGUGGCAGUGAAGUUCCAGAGUGGUUCACUUUUGGUGAUGACUUUGAUGACUAUGAUGAGAGUAAAUUUGACUACGUUGAUGUUAAUGGCAGGAGUAUUCGUAAUUACGAACUUCCUUUUGAAAUUCCUUGGACUUCCGUAUUGGAGAACACAAAAUUGGUUUUGUUUGCUGUUUGGGAAAUUACGGAAUCAUUUGUUAGCCCUUGUUAUGUUGAAUUUUAUGUUGAUAGUCGUGAAGAUGAGAUACAACUGUAUGGAGGAGAGACAGGGGAAGGUAAUGUGUGGCUGGAAUGUAUUCCAAUUUUUCAUGUACAAUUAAAGACGCCUAUUUUUCGAAUUACUGUUAUCGGCAAAGGGGUGCACAUCAAAAGCAUUGGGGCCCACCUGGCUCCUAUCAGUAUGUCGAAGGAUGGUGAUGAUGAUGGCAAACAUAUUGAUGAAAAUGAAUUAGAUGAUGAUGAUGAUGUAGGUGAUGAAGUGUUGAUGUUGAAAACUUACUUCGAGUUUGGACCAAAAGGUUAUUAA